AUGGAGCCGACAGUGCUUUACGCAGUUAUUGCAGUGGUCAUUAUAACGGCAAUCGUUGUGCCGAUUCUUUGUGUGCUGUUGUACGUUUUCGGAUUUUACAUGUACAUUUCAAGUUACUUUGAAGAUACAGAAAAGAAGCAUCAAAAGCACCAACACGACAAAAAGUAUCGUCAGCCAGAAGCAGUAGUUGUUCAUGAAAAGAAGCAUAGGAGAGCGAAGAAAACAGAACCGAAACGUUCAAGGACGACUCCAGCUCAUGCAGAUCAUAAACCUGAAAAGAGCUCCAAACGCAAAGACGAACGACCUUCUGAAGAAUCAACAAAAUCGUACAAGACUGGAGGUUAUCAACGCGAUCGCGCGGAAGGGGACAGCGGUUCAGAAUCGGAUCGCACCAGCCCAAAACGUACAGGCCCGGGUGGUGACGAUAGCGGAGAGGAACAUUCAAGAAAGAAACGAACCACAAAUCAAGAAUCAUCCAGACGUCGUCAUCGCAGUGCGAAGAAUGACGGAGAUUCAGAAUGA